AUGUCAAUGCGCUAUCUCUCUGCUUCUGUGGCCGCUGCUGUUGAUAAAGAACUCAUGUCAACACAAGCCUUUUCUCUAGACCAACUGAUGGAACUUGCAGGACUCUCUGUAGCUGAGGCCGUUCUUAAAGUCCAGCCUCUAGAAAAGGGUUCCAAGGUUCUUGUUCUUGCUGGUCCUGGCAACAAUGGCGGUGACGGGUUGGUUGCUGCACGCCACUUGUCUCUUUGGGGAUAUUCACUCUCUUACUACUACCCUCGUAAAUCGCGCCAUGAACAUCUUAUUCGCUUAGAAACCCAGCUCAAAAACCUUGGAAUCCCAGAAAUUUCUACUGCCGCUGAAGUAGCUGCUGCACUUUCAGGACCUUCCAAGGUUAAUCAUGUUAUCGAUGCACUUUUCGGCUUUUCAUUUAAACCUCCCAUGCGCCCACCAUUUGAUGAGAUUCUACGACUUCUCCAAGAAUCACAAGAUUCUGUACCUAUAACUGCAGUCGACAUUCCAUCAUCUUGGGAUGUUGACCAGGGACCUCUUGAAGGUAACACAUAUGCACCUGAAGUGCUUGUAUCUCUUACAGGACCUAAACCUGCUGCAAAGUUUUUCAAGGGAAGACACUUUGUGGGUGGCCGGUUUAUUUCCAAGGACUUUGCAGCCAAAUGGGAUUUUGAUAUUCCACCAUAUAUAGGUGGUGAACAAGUGGUGGAAGUAACUGAAAAGGAAAAGCUUUAA